AUGGUUGCCCUCAACUCCACCGUCGAAACACCGGAAUCCGCCCUAUUUACAGGCGCCAUCCUCACCACCACAAAAUCCAAAUCCGGCACGUACCACGUCCGCCAGAAUAAACAAUCCUCCUCGCUGAACCUCUUCGGAGGACCACCGAAAAACGAGUGGGCCUCCUUCAACACCACCAUCGGAACCAUCAAUGUCACCGGGACAAUCAACCACCUCAGCUUCGACACGGUCAUGGAAGUGAGUGUGGCGGGUCUCUGCGUCGGAGCGUUCACGGGGAAUCCGCAGUUCUCGUUCAAGGUCGAGGUUGAUCUGGAGUGUGCGAAUGGAGAGCUCCAGCUCACGGCUGUGGGGGAUGAUAUCUUUCUCAAGGUUGAUAUGGACUUGGUGCAGGUCGGGAAGGAUAAGAAGGCAGAGCGGGUGAAACUAUCCGAGUCGGUUUGUGUGAAGAGUCUGCCGCAGGAGUUGUGUGAGCCGUGGAUGCCGAUGCGGUAG